AUGGCCAGCAAAGUCGAACGGAUCGUGACCCGCCUCCAGGCCACCAUCACAGAGGGGGACUACUACGAGGCUCAGCAGCAGACACGUGUCGCGGCCUCUCGGUACAUCAAGACGCAGAACUGGCCCGCUGCCAUCGACAUUCUCAACAAUGUGGCCCAGUCACUCCUCAAAGCCGGACAGGGCGGCAGUGGAGGAGACCUGUGCAUCAUGAUGGUAGACGUGUACAGGCAGGCCGAGCUGAAGCCGGACGCCACGUCCAAGGGGAGGCUGCUCACCUGUCUACGACUAUUUGAUGCGGGGGAGCCCACGCGGAAGACGUUCAUCACGGAAUUGAUAGGGUGGUCCGCCAAGUUUGGCGAAUACCCGGCCGGCGACCCAGAACUGCACCACGUGGUGGGCAGCCUAUAUGCGGAGGAGCACGAGCCCUACGAAGCAGAGCGACACCUGGUCAUCGGCACGCGCGACUCGGCCGAGGUCCUGGCCAAGAUGGAGUACACGUGGUACGCCGAGGGAGACGCUCGCUUGGCGCCGCAGUUCGCCGCCCGCGCCAUCCUACCCUACCUCCUGGUCGGCAACCUGCGCAGCGCAAACACCUGCUAUCGCCACUUCACCAGCGCCCUGAGCGCCGGCAACGCCUCCCUGUCGCCGCAGCGCGUGUCCGGGUCCGGUGCAGAGGUCCCCGUCUUCCCCAGCCUGCCGCUCCUCAACUUCCUCGGCUUUCUGCUGCUCGCUGUCCAGCGCGGCGCGCCCGAGAUGUUCAAGGGCCUGCUGUCCAAGUACGCCACGCAGAUCAGCGAGGCAGACGAUGCCGAGUGGGCCGAGUCCCUCGAGACGAUUGGCGAGAUAUACUUUGGCAUCCAGAAGCCGCGGCAGAGCAAUCCCCUCAUGGACAUGAUGAGUGGGCUGUUUGGCGGUGGUGGUGCUGCGCCUCAGCAGCAGGGGCCGAGGAGGUUGGGUCAGCGUCCCAUGGAUGGACCCCCGGCUGCUGGACUUGACUAG